UGAUUGCUAGGGAUUUUCGUUUUUUCAAGUUUAAUUCAGCUCGAAUCUCCAAGCCAUCAAAAUGUGGAUGCUUUCUUUUCCAACUAACCACAACUAAUAGCAAUGGCUAUCACAAAAGAAAAAACUGUGACCAAGCCUGGUGCAUCAGCAACACCAGCAAAAAAAACACGUGGUCAACCACGUAAUUAUGAUCUUGGUAAUGGUGUAUACCGUUUCAGUAGAACACGUAUGUACCACAAAAAAGCAUUAUACAAAUUUGUUGGUAAAAAAAAUCCAAAGGCUGAAAAGCCAAAAAAACCAUUGACAGUUGUUAAACCAAUUAAUGGUGAAAAAAAUGGUUCAACAAGAACUGUUCGUCUUCUUAAAAGACGUGCCAGUUAUCCAACAGUAGAUCCAAUUACUCCUCAUCAUGGUAAAAAAUGCUUCCGUGAUCAUACAAGAUACGUUAGACCAUCACUUGUUCCAGGAACAGUGUGUAUUUUGUUAGCUGGUGUUCAUAAAGGCAAACGUGUUGUAUUUUUAAGAGCACUUAAAAGUGGACUUCUUUUGGUCACUGGUCCAUUCUUGAUCAAUGCUUGUCCAUUAAGACGAGUUAGCCAAAACUAUGUCAUUGCAACAUCAACAAAAAUUGAUCUUAAUGGCAAAGUACCAUCUAAAUUCAAUGAUGAAUAUUUCUUAAGAAAACGUGAAAAACGUGCAAAGAAAGAAGAAGGUGAUAUCUUUGCAACAAAAAAAGAAGAAUACAAAGCAUCAGAUGAACGUAAAGCUGAUCAAAAAGUUGUUGAUAAAAUUGUCCUUGAUGCAAUUAAAAAACGUGAUGACAAAAAAAUGAUGUUCACAUAUUUAUCAGCUAUGUUUGGAUUACGUAGCAGCCAAUAUCCACACAGAAUGAAGUUUUAAUGAUAUUGUAACAAGUUGACAACUAAAAGCUAAAGCUGUUAAAAAUAUUAAAAAAUUAACACCUCAAUUUUGAUUUUUUUAUAUAAUAAAAAAAAAAAAAAAAAAGAAAAAGUGGUAAAAUAUAUAAUGCAAUUGAAAUUAUUUUCUACGUUAUUUAUUUAUUUUUUUUUUACGUGUAUUGUAAAAUUUAUACGACCCAAGUAUUUAAUAAUAAUUUUAAAAUAAUUUAUUUUACAAUAAUAAAUAUAAAAAACUUUAGAUAUACUUACUUAUAUAUUUUUUUUUCUUAUCAGUAUUUUUAAGUCUACUUGAAAUAAGUUUUUUUUGAUAUAUAAAAAUCAUGGAUUCACUUUACUGAUUAGAUUUUUAAAUGAAAUUUUACAUUGAUGAAUAAUUCGAUUUAUUGUUGUUAAAACAUGAUUAUUUUUGGUGGAAUGUUGGAGUAUCAAUUGCAGUUUGUUUAUCAGUAUUUGGUGCAGCAGUCUAUUUUGUUUUUUUUUUUUCUAUUUCUUUUUUUGUUUCGUUGUCAAUUCAAGACCUUCAAGCUACCAGUCAUGAUACGAAAGCCAUCAUCACAUGGUACUGAGCUUGAUCAACAGAAAAACUCACUGAUGACGUUAAAAUUUAAAAUGAUAUUCAAAUCAAAUUAAUAAGACCAAGUUUUAAAUAAUACUGUUGUUAUUUUUGAUGAAAAUUUUAUUGAUAAUUUGGACUGAUGACUGAUUCCAUUGACUGACAAAAUAAAUUUAAUUAUACUCAAUUAUUAAUUGAUAAUAGAUUCAUUAUAGUAUUAUUCAUUUAAAAAUUUUUAAUAUAAUUAUUUUAUUUAUUAAA